AUGGGUCUCUCUUUUGGGAACUAUGAUGAGAUCUGUGAUACGGUGGCGUUGAUUGUGUGUCCCUUGUUGGGCAGCGAGUUGGGGCUGGAGCCGAAAUGCUAUUCGAGGAAUGUCGAGAUCAACAACACCAUCAUUUUCCAACCGGGUGAGUGCGCGCAAUCACGUCUCGAGCCACGCGAAGAAGUUUGGACAAAGCAUCGAGGUGCGCAGAUGAGCCGUUCGGCUCGAAAGAUUAGCAAGACCGUCCCAAGUUGCUAUUGUCAGGCGACAUAGUCCUCACGACGAUCCGCACACCUCUGAUGGAUCUUUGGCCCCUUGAAUUGCCUCACGGCGGGGCCUCGGGUACACCUUGCUUCUGUGUAUGGCUUGGGCGAAGGCUGACAGUAAACGUCGCACCGACUUCAUCUCUCUUCGCAGCAACAUGUUUUGUGCACAUCGCUGCGCUCAUCAUGACAGCGAUCAUGAUUUACCACGUCCGCAGCAAGUACACUGCCGUCGGUGAGUCUCACGGCGAAGGACCUUUUCUGCACACGCAAGCGGUUGCCCUACAACUUAGCAUGAUUUGGGGCAAGGUCGGGUGUCGCUCACUCAACGUGCUGGGAGACGGAGGAGCGGCGCUGAUCGUGACCAUAUCACAUGUCUGCGCCUGAACCCUUGGAGGUUGUACCACAAAUGCUAAUGCACACCUACGCUUUGGGCUUGCCACAGGGAGGAAGGAGAUUGUUCUCUUCUUCUAUCUGUAUGCGGUGGCAGAAAUCCUUGCCAUCUUUCUGGACUCGGCCAUCAUUCCCACCUACAGCACCGCCUAUGCAGUGAGUCAGGGCAGCUUUGUUUGAGAGACAGGGCCGACUUUUGACGUGCUCUUCCUCGCUUUGCGCAACAGGUAUUUGCGGCCAUCUACGUGGGACUAGGCACUGCAAUCUAUUGGUGCCUGCUCAUCAACGGCUUUGUUGGCUUCCAAUUUGCAGAGGACGGCACUCCCAAAUCCCUUUGGUUCUUGCGGAUAUCCUGCGUGGUCUUGUGGCUGAUCGGCUUUUUGGUCGCGCUUGCCACCUUCAAGUCCGUAGGCGGCUUGUCACCCACAAAGACAGUCGGUCUCUGGGUCGUCCAGCUGCUUUUCCCGGUCGUCUGCGUGGCGAUCUACGUCAUCUCGCAAGUUAUCUUGGUCUUGCGAACACUCGACGACAGGUGGCCGCUAGGAGACAUUACCUUUGGUACACUGGCCUUCGUCGCCGCUUGCGUGCUCAUGUUCGGAUUCUCCGCGACAAUCUGCGACAAAGUCAAGCACUACAUUGACGGGACCUUUUUCGGUACGCUUUGCUUGCUAUUUGCAGUCAUGAUGACGUACAAGUAUUGGGACUCCAUCACGAAGGAAGAUCUCGAGUUCUCCGUUGGCAGCAAGCAAAGCGUGUGGGAAGUCAAGGACCCGUUGAUUGGGGCUGGAGACGUCGACGUCAUGGGUCCUGCCUCCAUCAACACCCACGAGAGCCCGUUCAGCGGUGGUCAUUCGUCGAACCGGAACAACAGCCCCGGCAGAUUAGCACCUGGCUUUGGAUCGAAGGGAUCUGGCUACCCUCCCGCCGGACAGUAUGGAGGCAGUACGUACUAG